CCUCCCCCAGGUGCCAAAUCUGUGUGGAGCCAUGCUCCUCUCUCUGCCAAGAAAGGAGUCCAUGUCUUUCCUCUACAAUGAAGUGACUGCAGAGAAAGGAAACCAGCACUUUUAUUUGUAGAGAGAAAUGACCAAAGCCCGGCUAUGUUUCUCUUUCCAAAGAAAGAGAACAUUUCCUUUCUCUGGGGAGGGAAAUGUAGACAGACUUUUCUGUCCACGAAAAAAGGACAGAGACUCCUGUCCCUAUAGACAAAAGCAAUGGAAGUUCAGCUGUGUUUUUGUCCAUAAGUCACUUCUCUCUGUGGUGGUCUCCUUCUCUGGAGGUUUUUACGCAGAAGGCCAUCUGCUAGAAAUGCCGUGAUCAUGUGUUCCUGCAUGGCCCUUGGCCUGGAUGGCCCUUGAGGUCGCUUCCAACUCUAUGAUUCUAUGGUCUCUUUUCUUGACACUGGAUUUGGCACCUGGGGAGGGAGCUGCUUUAAGAAGUACAGCAGAAGCAGACUGCACCCCAACAAACUUCAGCCACUCAUCCCUCCACGUGGCAACAGGUAAGUGGUGUGUGGGGUAGUUUGAUUGUGUACUGUACAGUAUUUUAAGCCUUCAGUGACAUGACAGAUGGGGGAAGGAUUUCAGAUAUUGCAUGGAAUUUGUAUUAUGCAAAGGGUCCCAGAAUGGAUCCUUCGUGUAAUACAUGGUUUGUGCUAUUGGGACAGAACUUAACAAUAUCCAGAAAGAUGCAAAUCAUGACUCAGUCCUAAAGUUCUGCAUAAAGUAACAUACAUCUUUCAGAUCUUUACAGUGAUCAAUUAGAGUUGAUGUGUGAAAGCAAUACAUUUCAAAGUUGGAAGCUUUAUCGGUAAAUCCUAAAUUUGAACAGGGCAGAUUGACAAUGAUAUUAGAUCCUACUUUUUUUUACCAAAAUGUAUAUCUAAAAAUUAGAUUACUGAGGCCAUUUUUGCCCAUUUUUUCUCCUAGACCAAGCCAUCUGAGUGAGAAAAGAUAGCCUACACUGGAUAUGAGAAGGGAAUUUCAAGUAUAUUUAAAGAAAACUUCCCAGUUCAGACAGACUUUAUAUGUCUCACUUAACCUAAAGAUGUUAGGUCAGAGAGCAUCAAGAACAAUGAGAGCAAGAUGUUUAAUGGCAGACCCCACAUUACAAACAUCCGACCUACAAAUUACUCCUAUUUAAGAACAGGGAUGAGACAACAGGCAGUGAGAGAAAUCUACCCCUAGGAAGUGAAAUUCACUCUGGAAAGAGUUAUCAUGGGAAGAAGAGUUUCUCCAUUCCUUAUUUCCACAAGCCAAAUUUUUCAAAACCCAAUUAUCACAAGGACAGAAAGUGAGGUGAAAUCUUCUGAACAGGAGCACAUACAGCAAAAAAACAAACAAAAAAACCCACAUUGGUGUUGACCCUUCCCUAUGCUAUUCAAAGCUUAGACAGAUAGAUAGGAGUUAUACUUAAAAUGUACCUGUUCUGAAUUACAUAUAAUAUAUAGGGGACUGCCUGUAUAUUAUAGCUGUGUUGGAUCUGUGAAACUCAGCCAAGGCGAAGGAAUGUGUGUUCACAUUGAAUAAGUGUUAUGGUUAUGAGUACACCCUAUGCUGUGUCAAUAUCUUUACAAGAUAUAUGUGGCAUAGCAGGGUGGAAGGAACCAACUUCUUUAAUUAAGCAUUGUAAAUUGGAUAGGUAUAAAUCGGCAUGAGAUUAAUUUGGAAGAGCAGUUCUUCAAGCUGUGGUUUCAUAGUUUAAAAGUUUAAAAUUUAGUAGCAGUCUAGUGUUAGAGAGCUUGGAUAAAUCUCAGUUAUGGUAGAUUGCUCCUCUGUGACAUCUUGAAUACUUAUACCGAAUAACCAUUCUGGGUUUGCAGGAAAUACCAUCCAUACCUGUUCUCCAUGGAAAAUUAGUAAUAGGAAUACUGAGACAACGUUUUCAGGAGUUAGGCAUAGGAAUAGGUCAGGACUAGAUAAUCAAACUGAAUGAGAAAAGAAGGAAUAUUAACUGACCAAAUGGGGGAAAAACAUUGCGUUCUGUCUAGUUGGCUUGGCACAUAGGAAUUUAGAGUGCACCUCUUGUCAUCCCAGAAUGAAUAUUCAUGGUGGAUUGCUCCUCCUAUCCUUACAGGUUGAAUAUUCACAGUAAGUAUAGCUUCUCAUACACAUUCAGCUAAAGGUAAGCAGGAGGACACAUAUGUAUAUUGAUUUCAGUGGUAGAUUUAAGGCAGUGGUUCCAAAUCCGUAGGCCGUGAGAUCUAAAAUAAGGUCCGCAGCCAGGCGUACAUGCCUCUGUUGAAGGAGAGUGAGAAAGAGAAGGAGAGGGAGAGAAGGAAGGAAGGAGGCCAGUGCCAUUGCUCUUGCCCUUUCGCUGGUUCCCUGGCGCUAUUGGAGGAAAGCAAGAUAGAGGAGAAUCUCUCAAAGUAACUAUUAUUAUUAUUAUUAGCUCCCAUUGCCACACAUCAGUUGUAAUGGGAAAGCAGCCCUUUGUAAGACCCUGUUUAGUCCCCCAAAGCUGCUGCUGCUGCUGCUGCUGUUGUUAUUGUUGUUGUUAUUAUUAUUAUUAUUAUUAUUAUUAUUAUUAUUAAUAUUAUUAUUAUUAUUAGCUUCCAUUGCCAUACAUCAGUUGUAGUGAGAACGCAACCCUUUGUAAGACCCUGUUUAGUCCCUCUGAGUAGUAGUAGUAGUAGUAGUUGUUGUUGUUGUUAGCUCCCAUUGCCAAACACAAGAGUUGUAAUGGGAAAGCAACCCUUUGUAAGACCCUGUUUAGACCCCCAAAGUAGUAGUAGUAGUAGUAGUAGUAGUAAUUAAAGCUGUUAGGGACAUUUUCUUGGGUCUCACGCUCCGCUUUUUGUAUUUUUUUCAACCUAAGCCCCCUCUCCUUCUUUUUUUUUACAUGAACGUUAACAAAAUCCACAGAUAAUAACACAGCCUUUUUCUUGGUGUCUUCAUUUUUAGGCCUGUUCCUGUGGUUAUUUGGGAUGCUGAUUCAGAAAAUUUCAUUGGAUAGACCACAUCAGCUGUAGAUUAUUAAAUAUGGUUUUCUGUGGGUGAGCAGAUGGCAACUACUGGGUGGCAUAUGUUCUGUAUCAGAAACUAGAGCUGAUGUGGUCUAUCCAAUGCAAUUUUCUGGAUCAGAUAACCCCAAAUAAUCAAACCAAAUCUAAAGUUCAUCAAAAACUGAUUCAUAACCCUUUUGGUACUAAUGCUGGAGAGUGGUCCCUGGUCAAAGUGGUCCCUGGUCAAAAAGGGUUGGGAACUGAUUUAAGGACAUGUGUUAUCGACUGCCAUGCAAACUAUGGCAAUUGUCUUUGCUGUUUCUCAGGUUUACAAAAUAAAUAGAUACAAUCUGAAAAUUGUAGACACGAUCUAUUGGAUCUUACCAAAAACAUUACAUCCAGUAACCAUUGAAAAUGUUUUAACCACAGGAAAUUAUUUUAAGUUUAAUUUAUUAUCCCUUGAAACAGCUUUAAUACAAACUUCAUUUAAGAGUAUUCUGACAGACUAGAACAAACCCAUUUUCCUUCCAGUUCUUGAAAUGUUCAUGCUCACCUAAUUGCAUCUGGUGCAUUUUGGUGAAAAAUGUUGGGGUGUUUGAUCUUUUUUUAUUCACACACCAAGCUCGGGUCUUUACUGAUAACUCUCAUGUAGUCCCUUGUUGAAACUUGUGGGUAAGGCAGAGUAUCUUAUGCAUUGGUAUUUAUAGUAAGUUAGUCAUGGAUAUGGACUAUGCAAGAAGCAAGGAUCACCUUUCAAUACAUCACCCUUACUUAGCCUUAACACAGGCUGCAAGAACUUUUCUGAUUCGAAUGUGGAAGAAAGCAACUGAUGUCUCUGGCAAACAGAAGAAUCUAUAAAUUGAAAAGUCUGGCAUAGAACCGCCAUUUAGUCCCAUCUGGUUUUGUGACCUAAGACAUGUGGUUUUAACAUGUAUGAUAUUACAAAUACAGAUGAUGAUGUUGAUGAUGACAUACCUACUCAGUAUGUCAUUCAACAAAGCUUGCAGGACAUUCACAAAAGCAAGUCAGUGAAUACAGAAAAGUGUGAUAGCUUUAGUUUUGCUACAAGUGAAAAUCAUAAGGCAAUAGUUGCUGCCAUUCGGACAGGUCAAGAAGAGACUCUGCUCAGCCUGAUAAGGAAUGUCGCUGCUUUUCGGGAAGUAGAUGGAGAAGGCUGCCUUCCUUUGCAUGAAGCUGCAGCACAACCAAAUAGGCAUAUUCUAGAAAUAAUUCUUAAAGCUUCUCACCCCGUUGUAUGGCAGCAAACAAAUCUGAAAGGAGAAACUCCUCUGUUUUUAGCAGUAGACAAAUGUCUUGUCAAAAAUGUACAUUUUCUACUUCUCAAUGACUUUAAUCCUGAUGUUAAAAAUGAAGAAGGGGAUUCUGCCUUAAUCACUGCUAUUAGACAUAAAUCCUAUGAAAUUGCCUCGUUACUGAUACAAUUUGGUGCUGAUGUCAACUUACAGUGUAUCAAUAAGAGAACAGCUUUACAUGAGGCAGCAAGGCUCGGCUUAAAAGACAUGGUGGAGCUUCUGCUCUGUUCAAAGGCAGACCCAGACCCACGGAGUUCCUAUGGGCUCACACCUUUAGCCCUGGCAGCACAGAAUGGGCAUACAGACAUUUUGAAAAUAUUGCUGCGUAAAGGUGCUAAUGUUCUUUCCCAGGCAUCUGAUUGUGCGUCCAUAUUAUUUGAGGCUGCUGGAGGAGGAAAUCCAGACUGUGUCAAUCUCCUUCUGGAAUAUGGAGCUGAUGCCAAUCUACCAAAGCAUUCAGGUCAUCUGCCUAUCCACAGAGCUGCUUAUAGAGGACACUUCUUAGCUCUGCAGAUCUUGGUUCCAGUAACGGAUCAUUCUGACAUAAAGGAAAGUGGAAUCAGUCCACUUCAUUCUGCAGCAGCAGGAGGGCAUCCUCAGUGCCUUGAAUUCCUUCUAAAAUCUGGUUUUGAUGUCAAUUUUAUGUUGCAUCAGAGAAUUCGAAAAGGCUAUGAUGAUGAGAGGAAGUCAGCCUUGUAUUUUGCUGUCUCUAAUGGUGAUAUUACCUCAGUUCAGUUGCUCCUGAAAGCUGGAGCUCUACCAAAUCAAGACCCAGUGAACUGUCUCCAGCUGGCCUUGCGGAUGGGCAAUUAUGAGCUCAUUAGCCUCCUGCUUCGUCACGGGGCAAACGUGAACUACUUCUGCAGGGUUAACACAACUCAUUUCCCAUCAGCACUGCAGUACACACUAAAGGAUGAAGUCAUGUUAAGGAUGUUGCUGAAUUAUGGGUACAAUGUUCACCGUUGCUUUGACUGUCCUCAUGGAGACAAUGCACAUUCCCAGUACAUGUUUGAGGGGUGGACCUCAACUGUUAUCAAAGACACAAUGUUCUGUGAAGUUAUAACUUUAACAUGGUUAAAGCACCUCGCUGGGACAGUAGUGCGUGUGAUGCUAGAUUAUGUUGAUCAUAUUCGAAUCUGCUGUAAGCUUCAAGAUGUCCUUCAAGAACAAACACUGUGGCCAGAAAUUCAUGCAAUUUUGACAAAUACCCGUUCUUUAAAACAUCUUUGCCGUCUGAGAAUCCGAAAAUGCUUAGGCCGCUUGCGUCUGCGUUGUCCCGUCUUCUUGACCUUUCUACCACUUCCAAACCGUUUGAAAGAAUAUAUACUCUAUAAGGAGUAUGAUCUCUAUGGACAAGGAAAAUUGGAAGGGAUCUACUAACACAGAUGAAUAACACUGUGUUUAGAGAGUGUCUUAUUCACAUUCUAUGAAAAUACAUGUUUUAGCUUAUGUAAGUUUUAGAAAAAAAGAUAUGUGGAAUAAAACAUGCAACAUGAAUCAUGGUUAAUAAAAUGUUUGUGGAUAAAACACAGCAUCAUCUGCAGUAGAUCUAUAUAUUCUCAUUAAGAAAUGAGCAAUAGAGGGCACAUUAAGUUGGGUGACUUUCAAAAAUAUUAACUAGUAUACAACUGCUUUUCCAUGAACAGAGAAACACAAAUCAAAUUACAGCUUGACUGUAAUAUUGUUCAAUUUAUUCUUUUGGGGCAGUAGGCAAAUUCAAGUACAGUAGAGCCCUGGUUAUCUGAAUUCUGCUUAUCCGACACUCCGUAUUAUCCGAGGGCAAAGGCCCUCCCUUGCUCUCUCACCCCACCAGGUCCCGGUGGAGCCGGAACCCAGCCAGUGAAUGAGCCAAGGACAGACGGUGGGCGAGGGACGGAGGGCGGCAAAGGCCCUCCCUCCCUCCCUCGCCCCCCAGGGUCCCAGUGCAGCCGGAACCCAGCCGGGUGAGUGAAUGAGGGACGGAGGGAGGCCGGCAAAGGCCCUCCCUCCCUCGCUUGCUCUCUCUCUCACUCACUCACUCGCCCUGCCAGGUCCUGCCCUUGCUGCUGCUGGAUCCCGGCCUGGUAAGUGAGCGAGGUAGGGAGGGCUCCCUGUUAUCCAUUAGUUUCGCUUAUCCGUCAUUCUGCCCGCCAAUUUAUGACAGAUAAGCAUGACUGUAAUUCAAUAAAUGUAAAGAUGCAUUUAUUUUUAACAAAUUAUAAACCAAAGUGUUUAUAGUGGAUGGUUUGCUUUUUAACCCUGUGACACACACAAAAAAUGGGCCCAACAGUAUACCAGCCGAAAUUCAUAAUAUCAAGUUGGGCAAUGGUCCAGCUUCUCUAAGCAACUGUGGCCAUCCUUUAACAAUUCAUGACGUGUAUUAAGGCGAAUUAAAGGUAUUUUUCCAGAUGUUAAUUUUUUUAUUAAGCACAAUAAAUGAUUCUCCAACUAUGGAUAAAUUCCUGUGUGCCUGACAGGCUGAAAAUACAUUUGACAAAACUUUCAGGUAAUUUUGAAUUUUGGAUACAUCAUGAACUUUUGGGGAACAAUGGCAAGCGACAUAUUUACAAACCAUUACAGAAAUCUAUUUUUAAAAUUAAGUGGACUUUAAUGAAAUCCUCCAUACACAUAAUUUGAUUAGUAGCAAAAUUUCAAUCUGCAAUUGACAACAUCAAGUUGAAAAUCACUAGCUAUUUAUUAACACAUGUAUUAAGGGAAGUUGUGUUACAAUCUUUAAAACAAUGCAAAAAUCACAACCACUGGAACAGGACCAAACCAUUACUUUACCAGUAAGAAUUUGACCAAUCCACUAUAUUGCAAAAAUCACUGAUUGGUGUUUCUUUUUGUACCGACUUUGUGGCUUGCUUAUUAAUCUUAUCAUGACAGAACACUGUUCCUUCUAUCCUACAUGCUGGAUUAUUCUUCCUUCCGAACUAGAACCAUUUGGGAAAGGAGGGGAGUGUGGUUCUCCCCAUCCAACCUUUCUGCAGGCCAGAGGAUGACCCACAGAGAGGGCAGCUCCGCUUUCUCAUCUUCCGCCUGCCCUGCUUGGUACUGGAGAGAUGGAAGAUGAGAGAGGCUGUAAGGGAAUCUCCCCCCCCCCCCCAGGUAUCUCCUACCACUCACCCCUAGCUGGGACUGGGAUGCUCUCCAAGGUCAAUGGCAUCCCAGUGGAGAACCCAGAUUCCCCAUCCCCCUCUUUCAUUGAUAUGGAUAAAAUGGACUCUGAAGAAAGCAUACCCCCAGGUAAGUUAUUCUCGUCAAACAAAGAGAGGGAGGGGAGAGACAAUACAAUUAAGGAUCCUAAUCUGAUUUUUAAAAACACCACCAGCUUAAUUUGCAAACAAACCAAUUUCUUCAGAUUACAAUUCAUGAUGGAUGAAGAGAGGAACAUUAAAUGAUAUUUCUUGUUGCUACAUGUCUCAAGAAAUCACAUGCAGCAAUCCUAUUCCCUUCUUAAACUUUGUUUUUAAAGUAUGAUCUAGUUUAUAAAACUGGAAUUUAAAAGAAGAAAAGCCCCAGCACCUAGAGUGUGGAGUUCAGCUCUUGCACCCUUACAGCACAAUUCCAUACAUAGUUUACUCAGAAGUAUGCCCGAUUAGAUUCAGUGGGUUACUUCUUGAUAAAGACAGUACAGAACUGCAGCCAGGUAAAACAGGAGGGAAAUUACAUUGGAUUGUUCAAUAUCGAAAGAAAAGUUUAUUUCAUGAUUAUGAAGCACUGCUUUGUACACCAAAGUAUCCCUACAUCAAAAUAAUCUCUCUAUAGGAAAAUACAUGCUUACCACAUGGUAAGAAGUGGGGCACGAACUAUUUUUGCAACAUGAACAUACCAACCAAGCAGCUAAAUAAUUUUUCUCUGUAUAGAAUGUACACUUAACAGAAUUAAUGUGGGAAUUAUGGGAUAUUUGCAUAGGCAGGAAAAUCUGUGCCAUCAAACUUGGUGUGGCAUCCUGUUUGGGAAAUUUACAUGCAUACAUUUCCCUGACAUGUGUUUUUUGGGGACACAGGCAAUGCUACUCCUUUAAUCCCUUACCCAAAGCACCUAACGCCCCACCCCUCAAAUAAUUAAACAGUGUCAGAAGCCCCCUCGUAGCCACCCCAUACUUCAUGGGAAGCAGGCAGGAUCACUAGAACCUCUAGCUCAGACAUGGGCAAAACUUCAUCCCUCCAGGAGUUUUGGACUUACCUGCCGGCUGUUAGGAAUUGUGGGAGUUGAAGUUCAAAACACCUGGAGGGCUGAAGUUUGCCCAUGCCUGUUCUAGCUACAUCCCAUUUGUAUGUACCAAGGAAUGAAACGACAUUGGCACAGCAUGGGUCCACAUAUGGACUUACUGCAUUAUGCUGAGCCAUACAGGGUUGCAGCCCAGUUGUAGGAAGUAUAAUAUAUAUUCAGCAUAUGUACUAAUUGCAGAAUAUGGAUGAACAGAUCUGUCAAAUCUAUUUCCAUAGUUUUACUCCACAAGUUAGUUCCACAUAAUUUUUUUUAAAAAUCUGUACAUAUUUGCUGUGCAUGAAGGCAUGCCUCAAAUAGGUCAAAUGUCCCAUUUUCUAAGAUAUGUUUGUGCAUGUUUUAGAAGUACACAGAGUAGUUGUUGUACAUUUCAAAAAUAUGCUUUUGGAAUGAAGCUUUGUUUUCUUUCACAGAACACGUUGCCAGCCCAGAAAUGUACAGCGUACAUUUCCAAUCAUAAGCUAACUAGUUCUGUAUUCAGUAAAUUGGGUAAACCCAUCUUUUAAAAACUGAUAAUUUUGGACACAUCUCUGUUCUAGGAUUAAUACAAUAUAUAUCAUGGCUUACCACAGUUCACCAAAUUUAAACCUUUAAGCAUGAAGACUCUCCCCUUUCCAACAUAAUCAUAUAAAUGUAUAAAUGUAAACACACACUUUCAUCAAUUUUCCUUCACAACAUAUGCAAAAUGUGAGCUUCCAAUUCAACCAAGAGCAAACCACUACACCCUUUUAAAAUUGAUAUCCUACUUAACAUGUAAAAGAUAAAAAUGACCAGUUUUAUUAGUGAGGAAAUUUGGUAUUACGCAUAUUAUAAUACAGUGAAGUAACAUACAUAUCUUUACAUAUAUAUAAAUACAUACACAUACAAUGCAGGAGACAACUGCUGGAGGUUAGCUGCAAAUUAAUGAACAUCACCUUUUGACAUAAAUUCAGAAUUCAUUUCAACACAAAUCUCAGAUUCCUAUGUUAUAUAGGAUUGUGAGCAGCUCAAAAAAGCAGUACAGUCGUUAAUGACACCUUUUGCCAAUUAACGUGAGCUGCCUCAAAUAUAAAGAUAUGAUUAAUUAGUAUUUUGCAUAAAACAAUUGAGAACUCCUAUGAAUGCCAUCCUGGGAUGGCUGGAAAGGUAAUCCAUCCCACGUGCCAAUCCAACAGGGUAGAACAUCAUUUUAUUUUUCUUGUAACCGGUAGCCCCUUUCCUUUUUCACUAGUUUCUAUAAUCCUGCCAAUACAAUCUGAUGAGAUUCAAAAACAGUAAUAUUGAAAUUGAGAGAAAGGACAAGUUUUGACAGAAAAUAAAGAUGGAGCCCUGUGAUGUCUGACUACCUGGAUCAUGGGGGGAAAGAAAUUUAAAAAAUGGAGUAGUCCAGGCAACUGCAGCUUAGCAAUUCUCAGAGGUGGACAAAAAGGGAGGAUUUGAGAAAUAUUUAUAUCCUCCAAUGAGAGUGAAACGGAGGAAAUGGGCGUGAAGAAAGGGAAUACUAUAAAAAGUCGGAAUAGUACCGUAUAUACCCGAAUAUAAGCUGAGUUUUUCAGCCCUUUUUUAAGGCUGAAAAAACCUCUCUCGGCUUAUAUUCGGUUCAAGCCUAGCAGGAGAGCCUGGAGGCGAGGCUCCGAAGCUGGUUGGCCAUGGAGGAGGAGGACGAGUGGCGGGGAUGGCACAGGGGGUCCCAGUCAAAGGCUCCUAUGCCUCCGCGCAGCUGUUCCUCCCAAUCCUCCUCCUCCUCCUCCAGCUGGCCAUGAAGCACGAAGAGAGGGAGGAAGAGGAGAAAGCACGCAGGCAGCACUGGGGUCGCCACUGCCGCUGCCCCUAAUCCUCCUCCUCUCCCUCCAGUUGAGAAUGGCAAGGAAGAGGGGGAAGGGAGGAGAGAAACGGCACAGGCAGCACAUGGGCCCUGCCUCCCAACAAUCCUCCUCCUCCUCCUUCUCCUCCAGCUGGACACACAGAAAAGGGAGAGGGGGAGAAAUGGCUAAAGAGCAAGGCAGGGAGGAGAAAGCAGCUCAGAAAACUUUGUGCCCUGUACUGCUGAUCCUUCCUCUACACUCCUCAGAAUGGGGCCAGGCUGCAGCGUGCCUGACUGCCUGCAUGCCUUCCGGUAACCUCAGGUGUUUCCUUAAAGGGCUAGAGACACCAAACAGGAGAGGAACUGCACUCUGGCACCACCUAAAUUAACAGAGGGUCAGUGCCUCCCUUCCAAAUAGGGCCUGUCCUAUACUAUACUACAACUCCCAGUACUGAAGAAAAACACCAAAGGCUCAGUUCUGUUUAAGGUAAAUAAUUUCUAGCCCUUCAAAAGGCUCUAUCAAAUAUAAUCUGGUGGAUGGAACAGCACAGGAUUUUAUCAGAAAGUAAUUGUUGAGCCCAAACCCCAAUCACCAGAUAUGUAUGUCUAGAAAAACAGAAGUUUUACAAGAUCCCAAGAUUUGUAGUUUUACAAGGUCUUUAGCUUUCAACGCCAAAGAUGCAUGGCAUAUAACUUCAACUGCCAUGGCUCAAUGCUAUGGAAUCCCAAGAUCUGUAGUUUUACAAGGUCUUUAUCUUUCACUGCCAAAGAGUGCUCGUACCAUACCAAACUACUGCUGCCAGGACUCUGCAGCAGUGAGCCAUCUUGCAUAUUGGGAGGGAUACAUUACAAAGUUGGCCAUCUUGCAAGUGAUUAAGAAGGCUAUUUUGGAUAUUAGGAAAGGGCAGCCAUCUUAAAUAAUGGGAGAGGAAAGAAGGAGCGGGUGACCAUCCUGAAGAACAUUCUUUUUUAAAA